GCGAGCACUGAGGCAAGCAGUACAAACUCACAACUCAAGCGCAAACAUGUUCAACAAGACCUUUUUCGUUGCCCUCCUUUUCUGCGCCUGCUAUUUGGGCGCUACCUGGGCACGCCCCCAGCUGCCCCAGCUGCCGCAGCUACCUAUACCUGGAGCCGAAGCUCUACCCAUUGGCAGUGUGGGCAGCGCUGUUGGUUCGGCAAUCGGCGCAGCCACCGGAGGCCUCGCUGGCGGCAGCCUCGUGCCGCAGCUGCCGCUGGGCGGUCAAAAAAAGCUUCUCUAAGCCACAGCAACGCACACAACAAAUCCCAACACGCAAAUGUCAAAUGGAAUGCCAAAACUAAAUCUAUUCAACUGUCAACAAUUAUUAACUGAAACCUUGCAUAAUUAAGCUUAUCUUAAAGAAAAUGAAGUAAAACUUAUUCACAUAAACUA